GCUCUUAAUUCUUUGGCUUCAGUUUAUGAAUUUUCCAGUAUGAUUCAUAACAUGUGAAUAUUAUUAUUCUUAUAAACCUUUCUUUGUCCUUUUGGCUCCUUUUCUAUGGCGGUGAAAUGUUGAAAAAGUAUGGAUCUUUCAUAUUUGUGAGCUUGAGUCGAGACUUUAAGAGAAAUUACAGUUUUUUGUUGUUGUUGUUGUUGUGAGAAAAGAUUUGAUCUUGUUGGUGUUAGCUAAAAUGGGUAGAGGAGAAAAAAGAAGCUUGAUGAAUGUUGAUGUAGUUGUGAACUUUUUCAACAAUGUCAUGUUGGAGAAGAAGCCUUAUCUCCCCCUUUUGAUCCCUUUGAUUUUGAUAUUCUGGGCUUUAGAGAGAUGGAUUUUCUCCUUGUCCAAUUGGGUUCCUCUUGUUCUUGCUGUUUGGGCAACCAUCCAGUAUGGUAAUUAUCAACAUCGAAUAGCUAUUGAAGACUUGAAUAAGAAGUGGAAGCGAGUUACACUAAUUAACUCGAAAAUAACACCAUUGGAGCACUGCGAGUGGCUAAACAAGCUUUUAAUGGAGAUUUGGUCCAACUACAUGAACCCAAAGCUUUCAUUUAGGUUCCACUCCAUUGUUGAGAAACGUUUGAAACAUCACAAAUCAAGACUUAUUGAAAGAGUAGAAUUGCUGGAGUUUUCACUAGGUUCAUCUCCACCAGGGUUGGGUCUUCACGGGACUCGCUGGUCAACUUUUGGUGAUCAGCGAGUUAUGCACUUGGGUUUUGAUUGGGACACGAGUGACCUCAGCAUCAUGUUGCUUGCCAAGGUGGCCAAGCCAUUUUUCGGAACUGCAAAGAUUGUUAUAAAUAGCCUUCACAUCAAGGGUGAUCUUCUCUUGAUGCCAAUUCUGGGUGGGAAAGUGGUUUUGUACUCGUUUAUAUCCACUCCUGAAGUUAGGAUAACAGUUGCCUUUGGAAGUGGAGGAAGCCAAUCACUACCUGCGACGGAGCUGCCUGGUGUCUCUUCUUGGUUGAUUAAACUUUUGACUGAUACCUUAGCUAAGAUGAUGGUCGAACCACGCCGUCAAUGUUUCUCUUUACCGGCCGUAGAUUUAAGGAAGCAGGCCGUGGGCGGUAUUGUUUACGUGACAGUUCUUUCUGCAGCUAAACUUUCUAGGAGUAGCUUGAGAGGAAGCCCAUCAAGGAAGCAACCGAGUUCCGGUGUAGAUGGUUUACAAGAGCACAUUGAUGAUAAAGAUCUACAGACAUUUGUUGAAGUUGAGUUAGGAGAGCUGACCAGAAGAACUCAUGUGAGGCUGGGCUCCGGUCCUCAAUGGAAUUCAACGUUUAACAUGGUUUUACAUGAUAAUACAGGAAUUGUUCGAUUCCAUCUCUAUGAGCAUACACCGGGCAGUAUGACAUGUAACUAUCUUGCAAGUUGUGAGAUUAAGAUGAGAUACGUUGCAGAUGACUCGACAAUGUUUUGGGCAAUAGGGCCAGACUCGAGUGUGAUAGCCAGGCAUUCUGAAUUUUGUGGCAAAGACGUCGAAAUGGUUCUUCCAUUUGAAGGGGUCAAUGCAGGGGAGUUAGCAGUGAAGCUUGUGGUUAAAGAAUGGCAAUUUUCUGACGGUUCUCUUAGCUUCAACAACUUACGUGUUAGCUCACAACCAUCACUGAGUGGUUCCUCAAAUUUUCUUUUGAGAACUGGAAGGAGAAUUAGUGUAACCAUCGUGGAAGGGAAGGAUCUUAUUACAAAAGACGAAAGUGGAAAGUGUAAUCCGUAUGUUAAAUUGCAAUACGGAAAGGUUCUUCAGAAAACAAAGACAGCACAUUCUUUUAAUCCGGCUUGGAACCAGAAGUUCGAGUUUGACGAAAUCAGAGAUGGUGAAUAUCUGAAGAUAAAAUGCUAUACCGAAGAGGUCAGUGGAGAUGACAGCAAUGGCAGUGCUCGUAUAAAUCUUGAGGGACUGGUAGAAGGGUCGCCAAGGGAUGUGUGGAUCCCUCUUGAGAACGUGAAUUCAGGAGAACUAAGGCUACAGAUAGAAGCAGUUAGGAUGGACGACUAUGAAGGAUCGAGGGGUUCUGCAUAUUACGGCAAUGGUUUGAUUGAACUUGUGCUUAUUGAAGCAAGAGACCUUGUAGCUGCUGAUCUAAGAGGGACAAGUGAUCCGUACGUGAGGGUGCAAUAUGGAAACUUGAAGAGACGAACAAAGGUCAUGUACAAAACGUUGAACCCUAAGUGGCAUCAGACGUUAGAAUUCCCUGAUGACGGCAGUCCUUUGGAGUUACAUGUCAAAGACCACAACGCGUUGCUACCAACAUCGAACAUAGGUGAUUGUGUUGUAGAGUACCAGGGACUGCCUCCAAAUGAGAUGGCCGAUAAGUGGAUACCGCUACAAGGAGUCAAAAGGGGAGAGAUUCACGUUCAGGUUACAAGAAAAGUUCCGGAACUAGAGAAAAGACCGAGUCUGGACCCUGAACCAUCCUUAACAAAAGCUCAUCAAAUAUCAAGCCAGAUGAAACAAAUGAUGAUAAAGCUUGAAUCUUUAAUUGAAGAUGGCAACCCCGACGGAAUGUCAGCUCCAUUGAGUGAACUCGAAAGUCUUCAGGAUAUGCAAGAAGAAUACAUGGUACAGCUUGAAACCGAGCAGAUGCUUCUACUGAACAAGAUAAAGGAGCUUGGUCAGGAGAUUUCGAACUCAUCGCCUCCUCUAAGCUGAAGAUCUCAAAGUUGAAUCGGUUAUUUACCUUCCGAUAUUACACGUAAUACGUCGUUCUACCGAGAUGGUUUUGCUUACCCAGGAAAUGCUUACAGACAAAAGAUCAUGUACAUCACACGCGACAUAAUAAUGCUCAACAGAAUAGGUAUCACUGCUUCAUGGAUUUGGCUGAUUGAUAGUACUUGCAUUGCUUUUAGG